AUGAUUAAAGAAACAUUAACAAUGGUAAAUGAUAUUGAUGAUGACAGAAAUGAUAAUAAAACAUCAUUUAUGCGUCCAAAUAUUCUAUUAACUGGUCUUCGACGAUCAGGUAAAACAUCUAUACAACAUGUUAUAUUUACUAAGAUACAACCAUCACAAACACAAUUUCUUAAAUCAACUCCACAUUUAACUAUAAAUCAAUUUUCUUGUGGUUCACUCAUUAAUUUUCAAGUACAAGAAUUACCCGGUCAAUUACACACAUUUCCAUCCUUACAAUUUUCACAUAGUAAUGGUGCACAGAAUGGUCAAUCAUCAUUAUAUGAUGAUAAUACAACACAUCUUGUUAGUGAUGGUUGUGAUAUAGAACUUUUACUAAAACAAUGUAAUGCUGUUGUAUAUAUAAUUGAUGCUCAAGAUGACUAUAUUCAAUCAGUAUCGAAUUUAAAUAUGAUAAUACAAUCAGGUAGACAUGUUAAUCCAAGAUUAAGAUAUGAAGUAUUUAUACAUAAAGUUGAUCAAUUGUCAGAAGAAGCAAAAAUUGAAACUCAAAGAGAUAUUCAUAAUCAGGUACGAGAUCAUUUUGCUGAUGUAAAUGGUGGAACAGAUUUAUCACCAUUAACAUCGUUUGAAUCAAAUUCAAAUGCUCAGAAUAUAUUAAUAAAUUU